AUGCUGCGCGUCUCCGUUGCGAGACGCUUUGCUCGGAAGAUCGGAGCUGCAAAACCUGUGGCGGCCUCGGCGACGAAAGCGCCAACACCGAUUGCGGAUGACUGGCAGGAGGUCCAAGAUCCGAGCGGCAACUCCUAUUGGUGGAACAAGCGAACCAACGAGACUACGGCCGUGGGUGCUGCAAAACCUGGGCCGGACCAAUGGCAGCAGGUGAAGGAUCCUUCUUCCGGGCAAAGCUACUGGUGGAAUAAAGAGACGAAUCAGACGACAGCCCUGGGCGCGCCGAAGCCCAGCGCCGUUGCUCCGCAGCCGGAGGCAGGUGUGCCUGCCGCCGGGGGGCUUGGCGGUGGCUUGCGGGGUGCACUCAUGGAUGGCUUAGCAUGGGGCGUUGGUACGUCCGUCGCCAGCCGGAUGAUGGACGGCAUCCUGGGCCCGCGGCAAAUGGAAGUAGUGCACAG